AUGCGGGUUGAAGAUUUUGCAGUUGAUGCUUUGUUUGCUGGUCCAGCCUAUCCACAGUUCACUGAUAUCUGUAAUCGGCGGGCAACUUUUGGGACAUGGCCGCUCUUUCUGCCUGAAUUACCUGACAAGUUACAGGCGGCUGGCUUCUUUUAUACAGGUUUUUGUGACUACGUCACAUGUUUUUAUUGCGGUGGACAACUUCGUAAUUGGGAGGACGAAGGUGGUUCUCUGACAAAUGUAGCAUGGUUAGAACAUGCGCGGUGGGUGCCGAGAUGUCCGUUUUUGAUAGCUGAAAAGGGACAGCAGUUUAUUGAUAUGGUACAGAGCAUAUAUCCCCCUAAGAU